GCCUACUGCUUCGUGCAUAUAGAAGGCCCGAAAGCUUUUCCCUUAAACCCUUCCAAACUCUCCGCCGCAUACCGCCACCGUCGGCGACAACAAAGGCAUCACUCUUCAAAACCCUAACAACACUGUCUUAGUCACUCACAAGUAUUCCCAGCCAAAAUGGCACCCCCUUCCAAGAAAACCCCGAGCCAGAAACCUAAGCCCGCCCUUAACCAACUCCAGAAGCCAUCUCAAAAACCAUUCAAGCCCAAAACCAAACCAGACGCCGCCCCCGCCGCCAAGUCUAGAGCCGUGGCUAUGCAGCUCGAAGACGACGUCCCCGACUUCCCCAGAGGUGGGGGAAGUUCUCUGAGCCGGGAGGAGCUCGAUGAGGUUCGGGCGGAAGUGGAUGCAGAGUUUGAGGCGGAGGGGAGGGGGCUGAAGAAGAAUAAGAAGAAGAGGGUGCAGAAGCACAGCCAUUCAGCGGAGGAUGAUUUGGGUUCUCUUUUUGGUGUUGGGAUUUCUGGAAAACUGCCUAGGUUUGCUAAUAGGAUCACAUGGAAGAAUAUUUCUCCUGGAAUGAAACUAUGGGGAGUAAUUUCAGAAGUAAAUGAGAAAGAUAUUGUAAUAAGUCUUCCAGGCGGGUUGCGUGGAUUAGUUCGUGCAAGUGAAGCAUUUGAUCAUUUUUCGGAUAAUAAAAUGAAGGUGGAUGUAGAUUGUAAUUCCCUUUCCAGCAUGUAUUACGUUGGCCAGCUGGUUGCUUGCAUUGUAUUGCAAUUAGAUGAUCAUGAUGAUAAGAAAGAGAAGGGGAAACCAAAGAUCUGGCUUUCUUUGCGUCUUUCUUUGUUGCAUAAGGGCUUAAGCUUGGAUGUUAUUCAAGAGGGAAUGGUUCUCACUUCAUAUGUGAAAAGCAUUGAAGACCAUGGUUAUAUACUUCAUUUUGGAUCACCUUCAUUUUCUGGGUUUAUGCCAAAUAGCAGUCAGGCUGAAUGCAGGGCCAUUAGUAUCAGGACUGGACACCUUUUACAAGGGGUUGUCAAAAGCAUUGACAAAACUCGUAAAGUAGUUUAUUUGACUUCUGACCCUGACACGGUGUCUAAAUGUGUGACGAAGGAGCUUAAGGGUAUUUCAAUUGAUCUUCUCAUUCCAGGCAUGAUGGUUAAUGCCCGUGUACAAUCAACCCUUGAGAACGGAAUUAUGUUGUCAUUCCUAACAUACUUUACCGGAACUGUUGAUAUGUAUCAUAUGCAAACAACUUUCCCCAAUUCAAACUGGAAGGAAGAUUACAACCAAAAUAAAAAGGUUAAUGCUCGGAUAUUAUUCAUUGAUCCUUCUACUAGAGCUAUCGGCUUGACCCUGAAUCCUCACCUUGUCCAUCACAAGUCUCCGCCUUCUCUUGUUAAAGCUGGGGAUAUAUUUGAUCAUUCCAAAGUGAUCAGGGUUGACAGAGGAUUUGGUCUUCUACUUGAGAUUCCUACCGCUCCAUUUCCAACUCCAGCAUAUGUCAGCGUAUCUGAUGUGGCUGACAAGGAAGUGAAGAAAUUGGAAAAAACCUUCAGGGAAGGAAGCCAUGUUCGUGUUCGGAUUCUUGGAUUUAAGCACUUGGAAGGGCUCGCUAUGGGUGUUUUGAAGACUAGUGCCUUUGAAGGUUCAGUUUUCACUCAUUCGGAUGUCAAGCCUGGAAUGGUGGUAAAAGCUAAAGUAAUUAUUGUUGAUAGUUUUGGGGCCAUUGUUCAAUUUCCCAGCGGUGUGAAGGCGCUUUGUCCUCUUCGACAUAUGUCAGAGUUUGAAAUAUCAAAGCCUAGGAAGAAGUUCCAGGUUGGAGCUGAUUUACAGUUUCGUGUGCUUGGAUGCAAAUCCAAAAGAAUCACUGUUACACACAAGAAAACCCUUGUUAAAUCAAAGCUUGGAAUUAUUAGUUCAUACACUGAUGCAACUGAGGGACUAAUAACACAUGGAUGGAUAGCCAAGAUCGAAAGCCAUGGCUGCUUUGUGCGGUUUUACAAUGGAGUACAAGGAUUUGCCCCCAGAUCUGAGCUUGGAUUAGAAGCUGGUUGCGAUCCAGUUUCUGGGUACCAUGUUGAAGAAGUUGUCAAAUGCAGAGUUACAACUUCUGUUCCAGCUUCACGGCGAAUCAACCUUAGUUUCACUAUAACACCUGCAAGGGUUACUGAAGAUGAUAUGAUCAAGUUGGGGAGUAUUGUUUCUGGAGUUGUUGAACGAGUCACCCCUCAUGCGAUAGUAGUCCAUGUACGUGCUCUAGGUAAUAUCAAGGGUACAAUAAAUCCGGAACAUUUGGCAGAUCACCAGGGGUUUGCUGCUUUGAUGAAGUCAGCCUUGAAGCCAGGAUAUGAGUUUGAUCAACUAUUAGUUCUUGAUGUUGAGGGCAGCAACUUAAUUCUCACUGCCAAGCAUUCUCUUAUUAACUCUGCUCAGCAGCUUCCUGCUGAAGUUUCUCAAGUUCGUCCUCAUACUGUAGUCCAUGGAUAUGUGUGUAACUUAAUUGAAUCUGGUUGCUUUGUCCGAUAUGUUGGCCGUUUAACUGGUUUUGUUCCCAGAAGCAAGGGUAUGGAUGAUCGAAGAGUUAAUCCUUCUGAAGUCUUCUACAUUGGACAAUCUGUUCGCACUUACGUAAUGGAUGUUAGUAGUGAGACUGGCAGAGUGACACUUUCUUUGAAGCAAUCAUUAUGCAGUUCAACAGAUGCAUCCUUUAUUCAAGAACACUUUCUCUUGGAAGACAAGAUUGCUAAGCUGCAAGUAUUGAACUCUAAAAUUCCCGAGUUGAAUUGGGUUGAAGCUUUUAGUAUUGGCAAUGUUGUUGAAGGAAAAGUUAAUGACGUGAAGGAUAGUGGAGUAGUUGUCAGCUUUGAAAAGUAUAAUGAUGUUUUCGGCUUUGUGACACACCACCAGUUGGGUGGAAUUAGCUUGAAAACUGGCUCCACUAUUCAAGCUGCGGUUCUUGAUGUUGCCAAGAUUGAACGCCUUGUGGAAUUGUCUGUGAAGCCAGCAUUUGUUGAUAAAUUGAGAGAAGAAACAUCUAGCAUGGAAACUAACAAGAAGAAACGCAAAAAGGAAGCAAACAAAAAACUGGAGGUGCAACAAACUGUAAAUGCAGUAGUGGAGAUUGUGAAAGAGAAUUACUUGGUUCUUUCAAUUCCGGAAUGUAACUUUGAUAUCGGAUAUGCCUCACUGACUGACUACAACACUCAAAAGUUCCCUCCAAGACAAUAUGUUAAUGGGCAAAGUGUCAUUGCCACCGUCAUGGCUCUUCCAAACCCUGCAACAGCUGGGAGGUUGCUGCUGGUACUUAAAUCGAUGAGUGAUGUUGCAGAGACAUCAAGUUCAAAGAGGGCGAAAAAGAAUUCCAGCUUUGAUGUGGGAGCUCUUGUUCAGGCAGAGGUUACUGAAAUAAAGCCUCUUGAACUCAAACUGAAAUUUGGAUCUGGUUUCCAUGGGAGGGUGCAUAUAACAGAGGCGACUGAUGAUAAUGUUGAAGAUCCCUUUGAAGGCUUCAGAAUUGGACAGACUGUGACUGCAGCAAUUAUUUCAAAGACCAGUAAGUCAGAAAAUAAUCGAAAGAACUAUCAGUGGGAAUUGUCCGUCAGACCUUCAUUGGUUACAGGUUCUAAAGAAAUUAGAGACAAACUUACGACUGAAGAUUUCAGUUAUUCGACUGGGCAACGUAUCUCUGGAUUUGUAUACAAAGUGGAUAAGGAAUGGGCCUGGUUAACAAUAUCACGUCAUGUGAAGGCUCAGCUGUAUCUUCUGGACAGUGCAUGUGAACCUACUGAAAUUCAGGAAUUCCAGAAGCGAUACAAUGUGGGGAAAGCAAUAUGUGGUUAUGUUUUGAAUGCCAAUAAGGAGAAAAAGAUGUUACGUUUGGUGCUGCAUCCAUUUUGUGCUGCUGCUGCUGAUAGAAAACUUGACCAUGAAAAUAUUAAUAUGGAUGAUGCAAACAGUCCCUUGAAUGCAAUCUUGCACAUUCAUGAAGGUGAUGUUGUGGGUGGGAGGAUUUCCAAAGCUUUUCCAGGUGUAGGUGGAAUGCUCAUCCAAAUAGAUCCACGCCUUUAUGGAAAGGUCCAUUUUACUGAGUUGACGGACUCAUGGGAUUCAAAUCCAUUGUCUGGAUACCAUGAGGGGCAGUUUGUGAAAUGCAAAGUCCUAGAAAUCAGCCAUUCGGUCAAGAGCACUCUCCAUGUUGAAUUGUCAUUACGCUCUUCUUUAGAUGGCAUGCAUUCUCAGAAGGCUAUUGUAAUCGGCGACAAUGAACUCAACAACAAUGGGUAUUCUCCCUGCCAACGUGUAGAAAGAAUUGAAGAUAUUCAUCCUAAUAUGACUGUGCAGGGAUAUGUUAAGAAUGUUACGCCAAAAGGAUGCUUCAUUAUGCUUUCGCGGAAGCUUGAUGCGAAAAUCCUUCUCUCAAACUUGUCAGACGGCUAUGUCAAGAAUCCCGAGAAAGACUUCCCCAUUGGGAAACUUCUUGUUGGCAAGGUGGCAUCUGUGGAGCCUCUGUCUAAGCGAGUUGAAAUCACCCUUAAGACACCAGGUGCAAGCGAUGCACAAAAAUCUCAAUUUUUUAAGAGUCUCAAAGUUGGAGGCAUUGUUUGUGGCCGUAUUAAGCGCAUUGAGAAAUAUGGUCUGUUUAUCACCAUUGAUAACACAAACAUGGUUGGAUUAUGCCAUGUUUCAGAGCUUUCUGAUGAUCAUGUUGACAACAUUGAAUCUAAAUACAAAGCUGGGGAGAGGGUCACCGUAAUGGUUUUGAAGGUGGAUGAGGAGAAGCAUCGAAUUACUCUUGGGAUGAAGGAUUCAUAUUUUGAGGGCAAUGAUGAGAUUCAAGCUCCUUCAAAGCAAAACUCUGAUGAUGAGGUGGUCGGAAAUGACCACAUAGAGUUCGAUCGGUUAACUUUGUUGCCAGAGAGCUGCUCAUCUGGGAUUCAGAAUUUGGCUAUUGAUUUUGGCAAUGGGGAGCAUCCCAUUCUUGCUGAUGUAGAAGCAAGGGCUUCCAUUCUUCCACUUGAGGUCCCUCUUGAUGAUAUAGAAAGCUCUGGCAUGGAUGACGUUCUAUCUCAUGAUAAAGAGCUUGUAGAUUCUAUAGACACCGAAGAUGAAAAGAGCAAGAGACGAGCAAAAAAGAAAGCGAACGAAGAAAGGGAGCGAGAAAUUAGUGCUGCUGAACAAAGGCUAGUAGAGAAAGAUAUUCCGAGAAGUGCUGAUGAAUUUGAGAAAAUGGUUAGAAGUUCCCCCAAUAGCAGCUUUGUUUGGAUAAAGUACAUGGCCUUUAUGCUCUCUUUGGCCGAUGUUGAGAAUGCUCGCUCAGUUGCCGAGAGGGCUCUGAAGACAAUAAACAUCAGAGAAGAAUCUGAGAAGUUGAAUAUAUGGGUGGCUUACUUUAAUCUGGAGAACGAAUAUGGAAAUCCUCCAGAGGAGGCUGUUGAGAAAUUAUUUCACAGAGCUCUGCAGUAUUGUGAUACCAAGAAGGUGCACCUGGCACUAUUGGGAAUGUAUGAAAGGACUGAACAACACAAGUUAACUGAUGAGCUUCUCAACAAGAUGAUGAGAAAAUUCAAGCAUUCGUGCAAGGUUUGGUUACGGCGCAUUCAGUGGCUCUUGAAGCAAAAUAAGGAUGAAGUCCAAUCAGUUGUAAAACGUGCUGUUCUAUGCCUUCCACGCCAUAAGCACAUUAAGUUCCUCUCACAAACAGCUAUCCUUGAGUUCAAGUGUGGGGUUCCUGAUAGAGGGCGAUCCAUCUUUGAGGGAAUGCUUCGGGAAUAUCCAAAGAGAACUGAUUUGUGGAGCAUUUAUCUUGAUCAGGAGAUUCGAGUUGGUGAUGAAGAUAUGAUUCGCGCCUUAUUUGAGAGGGCAAUAAGUUUGACCCUUCCUCCUAAGAAGAUGAAGUUCUUAUUCAAAAAGUAUCUUGAGUAUGAAAAUUCUCUUGGGGAUGAAGAAAGGAUUGAAUCUGUUAAGCGGAAAGCGAUGGAGUAUGUUGAGAAUACUCUUGCUUGAUUUAUAUUUCUUUCCUGGGUGAGUUCCCCACUGAUGCAAACGAACCAGAAUCAAGUGUUUACCCUGAUGCAGUCUGAAGUAGUUUGAAGUCCCAGUGUGCUUAAGAACUCUGAUUGAACUGCUGAGAGAAUCUAUUCCAUUGGAAAAGCGCUGCAGUGGGAGACCCGUGUAUAAUUAUAGUCUUGUCUCAACCACAACGGGAGAGAAAUGGCGCGAAAUUUUGUUUCUAUUUAUUAACUUUGGUCGCAAUUGAGGUUUGGGUGAUUCAGGAGAGAGAAAUAGAAGCUACAGAUGUGAAAUGUAUUUUUCUUAGUUUUGUGUUAGUUGUUGGGGUAUAGAUUAAUCAAUUUUGUUCCUUGGGGCUUGUUUUUCUUUGGUGAAACUAUGUAAUCAUGUUGAGGAAUAAUGCAAUCACGCAAUUUUCCCUCUUCCAUAUUGUGUACCUGCUAACAUGGAGGUUUCAGGUUUGGGUGUUUUCAGGUAUA